UUCCCUUGGUUCAGCCGUCACCGCCGCCGACCCCUUUUUCCUCUUGAGGACGGCAACUAACCCCGACACCAAUCGUUGAUGUGUAGACUAGAUGCUGUACGGUUAUCGUCUUUUUAUUCGGGUGAAGGAUGGAUUAUUCGAGUGAGACAUACAGAAAACGUCAGUUGAGUGUCGAGGUGCCGAUAUGCAUUCCAUGGUUGUGCUUCAACAGCUUUCGGGGGUAGUUUUCGAGCGUCCCACGGGGGGGAGGGGGGAUGGAGGGUGUAGAGGUGUUUUCCGGAACUCCGGGGACGUCGAAAUGCUGUCCCCGUUUUUUUUCGCUGCUUCGCGACUUGAGCUGAUCGUCUUGAAAGGACGUUUCGAUGGGGCGUUCGAGUGGUGGGAAACAGGUGCGAUUUUCUGCGAGAAGUCUCACCGCAGUGCCAAGCUGCUUUUUUUUGCCUGGCCCAGUUAA